UAUAAUGUUAGACAUGAUUGUUACACAAACUAACCUAUUUUGUACUUGAGUUACAACAUUUGAAUCUAUUAGACUAAAGCUGUGAAUUAUGCAAUAGUAUAGGGACAAUACUAUUAAUUAAUGAUACUCUGGAAAAUAUCAGGCGUAUAAAAGAAAAUAAAGCCACAGCACACAGCGCGCCCACUCCAUCCACCACCACGUAAACCGACUCAUUUCUCUAUAACCCCACCACGCAUACAUAUCAAUCACUUGAAUUGACGUCACUCACAAACCCUAACUUCACAAAUAAGUCAUAACUUGCACAAUAACUACCAACAUGAGUUCACUUCACUCGUAAUAUGCAAACACUAUAACCAACAAAUGGACGCCGACAUCGACUCGUAUAACCCAUAUCAUGCAUUGUCAAUGGUAAAUGUUCCCUUAGCGUCGUCCAUGUUUACCUCAAAUUGCACUUCUGAAAUAAAAAUGAAACUGGCUUCACUAACCCCGAAGAAGAGAGAUGGAAGAAAGAAGUUUAAGGAGACUCGACACCCUGUUUACCGGGGAGUGAGGAAGAGGGAUUCCGGUAAGUGGGUUUGCGAGGUGAGAGUGCCCAACAAGAAGUCGAGGGUCUGGCUAGGGACACAUCACACUGCUGAAAUGGCAGCCAGGGCACAUGACGUGGCGGCAUUUGCUUUCAGAGGACGAUUGGCGUGUUUAAAUUUUGCUGACUCAGUGUGGCGGCUGCCAGUCCCGAAGUCUAACAAUGUACAGGAUAUACAAAAAGCCGCUGCAGAAGCGGCCAAGGCUUUCAGACACACCGAGGAUGUGGUGGAGAUUAAGGAUUUGCCGGGAAUUCAGUUUUACGUCGAUGAAGAAGAAAUUUUCAACAUGCCGGGGUUUUUUGCCAGCAUGGCGGAGGGACUGAUGAUAGCGCCUCCUCAGACGGUGGUGUAUGGCAAACAUGGGGAUAACGUGGAAUUUUGUGGUCGGGAGUCUUUAUGGAGUUUCUAGAACUGUGAGUAUAUAUAUACAAGAAGAAGACCAUAUAGGAAGAUCUUAUAGGAAUAUUUUGGAAAUAUUAAAUGAUAAUUAGUAUUGUGAGAAAACUUAUUAUAAAUAAAAUUAUACAGGAAUAUGAUAAAUAUUGUGAGAUGUAGGGAUUUAUUUGAUCCUUUUAUCUAAGUAUAUAUCCAAUGGCUUUAAUGUGGUAAUCAACAUUAAGA